UAAUGACAAAAAUAAAAUUUGUUUAAAAUAAUGUGAGCUUUUAGGUGUACCUUUAGUCAUUGUAAUUUAUAUUCAAAUUUUACAUUUAAGUGACAUGACAUGAUACUAUAAUAACAUGCAAGCCUGAGAAAGUUUACGUUGAGAGUGUAUCUCUCUAGCCCUUCCGCUACUCGUAAACUUCCUUGCGUUUUCUUCAUCUCCGACCCUUCUCUUCUCCAUUGAUUUCUUGUGUUUCAGCUUAGAUAUUAGUUAUUUUACACUCCAUCCUUCUUUGAGGUGUAAAAUCUCUAAUUUUUGAGCUACUCCUGGAAGUUUUUGGAGCUGGUUCGAGCUUUUCCUUUCCGAGACUACUAUUCACGAAAUCAAGUCAACGCCAUUUCCUCUCGUUUGGCUGGGGCGUUUCUUGAUUUCUUCUUGGUUUUGAGUUCCCUUUCUCCUAAGGAUCAAGCAAAUCAUCUUUUUUGCAUCAUCGGCCAACUUGUUUUUUGGCCGUACUAUCCUCCAACGGCUGUGAAUAGUGCCAUUCUCGCCAUUGGUACGGAUUUUGUGCUUCUCCAUGCGUGUGAGGGUGGUGGAAUCCUAGCCUCUCUUUUUCUCCUUUGGUGUCAUGCCUAAGAAGAAAAGCAACAAGAAGAAGAGGACUCCGGUUCCCGUCAAGUCCUCGGCUCGACUCAAAGCCAAAGCUCAAACCAUGGAUUUGGAGGAUGAAGCUUCGGAUAGUACUCAUUUGAGUGAUGAUUCAAAGGCUAGCAAUGGAGUUGUGAACCCACCUAGCAUUGAUGCCCAAUCCUCAUCUCCUAACUCGGACGAGGUAAAAGAAGGUUACAAAGAAUACUCAAAUGAGGUAAUAUCUAUUCCUAACUCUCCUCUUGAUGACAAUACCGUGCUUGUUAAUGCCUUAAAUAUUGGGGAUGUUGAAAUUAAUGCUAUGUCUAAAGGUGGUGUGAGUGAUAGUACCAUUGUGAUUAAUGCCUCUAAGGAGGGGAUUGAUAAUGCCUCAAACGCUGCUUCUAAAGAUGACAUUAAUAUUCCUAAGGAGGGAAAUGUGGCUACAAUUAAUGCUAUUACUACCGUUAGAACUACCCCUCCACAAAUGAUUUGGGAGGCUCGGGUUUGGUGGUUAACAAAUCUCAUGAGAGCAUUAAAGGCUCAUUUACCAAACAAACAUCCGAACUAGUUGAGAAUGGGAACUUGGCUGUGAUACCUCCUAAUGAUGUAGCCGCGGCUUUAGACAAGGAGGCUAAUGCCUCUCCCUCUUAUGCCGCGGCAUUGAAGCUUGAUAAAAAUGUGGCCUCUCCCUCUUAUGCCGCGACAUUGAAGCUUGAUAAAAAUGUGGGCUCUUUGGCUGAUAAUACCAUCAAGCCUUGGAGUUCUCUCUUCAAGGACAAUAGAAAAGUUGAAAAGGGAAUGAAACUUAAAUACAUAGCCCCGGUUGGUGACUAUGUUGACCUUUCAAGUAGGA